AUGUCCCCAACUGUCAUCUGCGUUCGACAUGCUCAAGGUUUCCACAACCUUGGAGCCGAGUUUCACUCUCUACCAGAUCCAAAGUUAACCGAACUGGGUGAAGCACAGUGUGCCACCCUCAGGAAUAGCGACUUGAUAGACCAGACGAAGAUCUCUCUAGUGACCGCCUCUCCUCUAACACGAACUAUCGCAACUGCAUACCUUUCAUUCGAGCCUGCUUUAAAAGAAGGCAAGUGCAAACGUGCCAUCGUUGCCUUGCCUGAUGCUCAAGAGACAUCGGACUUUCCGUGUGACACUGGUUCGGACCUUGAUGUACUACGAGCAAGAUGUGAAGAAGAGAAAUGGCCUGUCGACCUAUCACGACUGGGUCAAGAUUGGAACGUGAAGACAAUGGAAAGCAGAUAUUCUCCCGCAGGUGCUGCCGUAAAACUUCGAGCACAAGCUGCACGCAAUCAGGUGCGAGAGUUGCUCAAGGAGCUGGUGGAUGCUGGCGAUGAGGAUGCUCAAGUGGUUCUUGUGACGCAUGGAGGAUAUCUGCACUACUUUACAGAUGACUGGGAGGAUUGCAACAAGUAUUACGGUACUGGCUGGCUCAAUACCGAAACAAGAGCAUACACGUAUCUUGCAGGUGUAGAUAGCACUGACGAGGAUGCAGCACUCGUUGAAACACUUGAGAGUCGCGCCCGGCGGGGAAAGGAGAACUCAACGCUUACUGAAGAAGAGCAGAAAGAACUCUGCCAUACUGGUCAUCUGGCUUGGGAAGAUCAGGGUUUAGGAAAUGCCUUGAAGAUAUAA